AUGUCUACUACCGACCAUGCCGAUGACCUCAUUGAUUACGAAGAAGAAGAUGAACAAACUCUUCAACAGGAAACUGCUGCUGCCCAGCAAGUUGAUUCCUUAAACGAAGAUGAUGACAAAAAAGAUAAAAAGGGUUCUUACGUCGGUAUUCAUUCUACCGGUUUCCGUGAUUUCUUAUUGAAGCCCGAAUUGUUGAGAAGUAUCGUUGACUGUGGUUUUGAACACCCUUCAGAAGUUCAACAAGAAUGUAUUCCUCAAUCUAUCUUGGGUAUGGACGUCCUAUGUCAAGCCAAGUCUGGUAUGGGUAAGACAGCUGUGUUCGUUCUUGCCACUCUUCAACAACUCGAACCUGUCAACGGUGAAGUAUCCGUUAUUGUCCUCUGUCAUACUCGUGAAUUAGCUUUCCAAAUCAAAAACGAAUACGCUCGUUUCUCUAAAUACCUUCCUGAUAUUCGUACGGAAGUCUUUUAUGGUGGUGUUCCUAUGGCAAAAGACGUUGAAAUCUUGAAGGAUAAAAAUAAGUGCCCUCAUAUCCUUGUGGGUACUCCCGGCCGUGUUCUCGCUUUAAUCCGUGAUAAUAGUCUUAAGCUAGCCAACGUUAAACACUUUGUUUUGGAUGAAUGUGAUAAAAUGUUGGAACAAUUAGACAUGCGUCGUGAUGUUCAAGAUAUUUUCCGCUCUACGCCGCAUCACAAGCAAGUCAUGAUGUUCUCUGCUACUUUGGCUAAAGCAAUGCGUCCUGUCUGCAAGAAAUUCAUGCAAAAUCCUCUUGAAAUUUAUGUUGAUGAUGAAGCCAAGUUGACUCUUCAUGGUCUCCAACAAUUUUACAUCAAGUUAGAAGAAAGAGAAAAGAACCGCAAAUUGAAUGAUUUACUCGAUACUCUAGAAUUCAAUCAAGUCUGUAUCUUUGUCCGUUCUGUGUCUCGUGCCAAUGAACUGAACCGUAUUUUGACUGACUGUAACUUCCCCAGUAUCUGUAUUCACUCUCAAAUGAGCCAAGAAGAACGUAUCAAGCGCUAUAAAUCCUUCAAGGAUUUCGAAAAGCGUAUUAUGGUUGCUACUGAUAUCUUUGGUCGUGGUAUCGAUAUUGAACGUGUCAAUAUCGUUAUCAAUUAUGAUAUGCCCGAUAGUGCUGAUACCUAUCUCCACAGAGUGGGUCGUGCCGGUCGUUUUGGUACCAAAGGUUUAGGUAUCACCUUCAUUUCUGACGAAAGGGAUACAGGUAUUUUGAAUGAUGUACAAGGCCGAUUCGAAGUCAAUAUUGAAUCAUUACCUGAGGAAGUUGAUAUCAACUCUUACAUGACUUCUUAA